AUGAAGAGACCAAGAGACGCCUUCGACACCCCUGCUCCCUCCUCUCCUCUCCACCCUUCCGCCAAACGGCGCCAGCCCAACUCGCAGAGCAUGAUGGCCUCCGGCAGCUCCCCGGCCGCCGCCCGCUGCCAAACCACCCCGUACUCGCUGCCCUCGGCGUGCUCGAUCGCCUCUCCCUGGUCCUCGCUCACCCCGCACGACUCGCCCUCGAACCCGUUCGGGCUCGCCCGCGAGCUCCAGGCCCUCGCGCUCCCCCGCCCGUCCGGCUUCGCGAAGCACAUCGUCCUGCGCAUGCAGAUGGUGCCCUCGACGGCGGAGGCACCCUCGCGCUCGCGGCGCCUCGCCGCCGAUGCGCCCUACCGCCUGGUCCAGGUCCCGCUCAACUACACGAUCCGGCACCUGCACAUGCUCGUCCUCUUCCUCUUCGCGAGCGACGCCCGGCUCCGCGUCCGCCGCAGACGGCGCGUGUUCAGCCCGACGAGCGUCGUGCCCCGACAGCGCUCGCCACCGAAGCGCGGCGCGAGGACGGAGAUGGUCUUCGGGGAGUCCCCGAGACAGGACGAGGGGCACGUCUUUGAGGUGCUCGAGAACAUUGCAGUGUAUUCGAGCAGCUACCGGCCGGGGGUUAUCAUCCCGGGAUCAGGCAAGUGCCAUACGAAGCUGUCGAGCACCAGGGAGCGAAAGCUCUUUCCCGAUGGAUACAAAGCGGGAGAUGACGACGAUGAGGAGGAUGUGUUUGGAUCUCCGAAGAAGCCAGGUCAGGAUCAAGACGAUUCGGAAGAGGAGGACUGGGACUGGGAAGCCGAGGAUGACUACAGCCUGAGCAAUAUCUGGCCGGAAGGCCCAGAUUUGACGAAAGGCAUUAUCUACCACCACACACCGUCCCUUGCCAUCCACAUCACCGUGAACACCUCUCGUGUCGAGUCGCGGAGAGGCACGGGCAACACCCCCUACGUCUUCGCCGCGCACGGCGGCACGAACGGCGCCGUACGCAUCGCGAACGUCGCCCGGGGCCCUGCUCCACCGCACUCUGCCGAAGACGAGCCCAUACGCCGCGGGAAAGACGGCAAGAAGCGCAAGGCAGCGACGUUCGCCGACCUCGAGUACUUUGAGGUCGACGACCUUGCCGACACCGCCGACGCCGACGUGGAGGAGCGCGAGCGGUGGAACGACGAGGACUCCUUCGCCCGCUUCCUCCGGCGCGAGGCCGAACGCGAACGCGCAAUGCGCAGGGCCGACGCGCAGACCCCCUCGACGGGCUCCCCUGUGAAGUCUUCCAGCCAAACUCGGCCGCUCUUCUCCCCAACCUUCCCUGUCCGACCCGUCCCCUCAUCACAGACGUCGUUUGCGGCUCGCGCUCCCGCGGCGUCCUCCUCCAAGUCCCAGCCCGCCAUGUUCGCCUCGGCGCAGCCGCUGAGCAUAUACACACAGCGCAGCGCAGCGUCGUCGUCGACGUCCCUCGCGCCGUCCUCGCCGAGCACCCUGCCCUGCGCGCACGCGACGUCGGACUUCGACGGGGACUCGGAGGACCACGCGAACUGGUCCGAGGGCACGCCGAGCUCCGAGGGCGGGAACCCGCUCGCGUUCGACGACGAUGACGACGACGAAGAGGACGGGGAGAAGACGCGGCGCGUGUUCCGCAUCGAGCUGCCGACGACGACGCCGUUCCCCGCACAUCCGAGGGCGCGCCGGCGCGUCGCGCGGGCGUGCGCACGGAUCGAGCGGCAGACCAGCAAGGGCCUCAGCGAGCUCAGUGACUCGGACGAGGAGGCGGAGGCGGAGGUAGAGGCGGAGGCGGAGGACGCCGAGUCGGAGGAGACGAAGAAGCAGCCCCAGUCUCGGGCGAAACUCGCGCCCCCGGUCGUGGCGGCGGAUGUGCGCGACCCGGUGACGGGCAGUGGGGGUGCGCAGGCGGCCGCGGCGGAAGACGACGACUGGGACAGCGAGGACGAGCAGUGGGAUGCGGGCCAGACGUGGUUCCAGCCCCCUGUUGCUGAUGGGUCUUUCGACUGGGACUCGGAGGAAGAAGUAUAG